CGACGUAGCGUAGUCUGGCUAUGCACUACCAGGAGCAGACGAGAAGCAGAAAUGAGUGUCCUACCUGCAUGGGGGAGGUUCCUCCGACUGAUGGCUCGCGGGGUUUCAUUGAGAGCUUAGCCAAUCCAGAACAUGUACAACGCCCUCCUCGAGCUUCUGGCUUGCUGGAUGUAUGCCACGCCGGCCUGUGACUUAUGGAACUUGGACUUUUUACAAAGCUCGUUGAUUCGUGGAGAACUUGAGCAACAGACUACACGUAUCUCCCAAACCUGCGGUCUUCACUACGAGACACAUGAGAAGGUAUUGCACACUGUCUUCCUGUCCUUGCUAGCUGUUUGGUGGGAUGCCUUCCUUGAAGAAAUUAAUCUUCUGAGUACUGUACUUUACAGAACUGUACCUUCGCUGACCACUACCUGCCGUGAUGAUGCAUGGACUUCAUGAUCGCAAUACAUCAGAGAGUCUUGCUUGUAUCUGGACAUCACAUCGCCACGACUCACCCACGCCCAGCAGCGCAGCGCAGCAAUACAGACGCACCAAGGCAGCCAGCAACCCCACCGCACGCACCAG